AUAUACAUUGUCAAGUGUAAAGGAUUUUUUCCAUAAAAUUUCAAAUAUACGAAUCACCAUGGAGAUUAUCAUUACAAUUCCAAUUCUCCUCUAUCUGAGCUCUUUUUCGGUCAUAAAUGGGGAACUUUCUGUACAAAACAGCGUAACGACCGAGAAAUGCAAGUAUUCUGACGUGAAGCAAGAACUCGAUGCUGUCCGACAGUUACUAAACCAGGAAACUUUGAUUCGAAUGUCGCUUGAGAGGUCUUUAAAAGAUUUAACAAAAGAGGUGGAAGAGUGGAAGAAGACAAAUGAUUGCGUCAAUAAAACGAUCACUCCGGAUUAUAAAAGCAACUAUGAUACAAGAAAAAGUACAAAUGGAAAUCCAACUUAUGUGAGAUGGGGGAAAAGUACCUGCAGCAAUGGAUCAACUUUAGUUUAUGCUGGUCAAGUGGGUGGAACAAAGUACAAUGUAAAGGGAGGAGCCGCUAAUCCUUUAUGUCUAACAUUUGAUGUGUUGUGGGGAAACAGAACAAAAACCACGACAUCUUCCAAUUUACAUGGUGCCGAGUACGAAACUAACUUUUGGGGAACAAACUUUCAUAAUACGGACGUCCCUUGUGCAGUCUGUCAGGUAAAAACAAGAACACACGUACUCAUGAUUCCCGGAAGGAAUCAAUGUCUGAAGGGAUGGACAGAAGAAUAUCACGGAUAUAUAUCAUCAGAGAGUCGCUUCAACGACAAGUCACGGGGAUUCUACACGUGCGUGGACGACAACCCCGAGCAGAUUAUGGGAGGAGGGACAAGAAAUGAUGAUGGCUACCUGUUUUACAGUGUGCUGGCCAAAUGUGGAAGUUUGAAAUGCCCUCCCUAUAUUGAUGAUAAACCAAUUACGUGUGUUGUCUGUUCACAGUAAUUCAAAACAUCAUUGAAUGCCCAACAUUAGGUAGUCAAUAAUUUUAAAAAUCCUAACUUGAUGACAAACCUUUCUCCAUCAAAUUUUAUAUUCUUCUUUAUUUCAUUUUCACUCCUUUUCUACAGAUAACGGAAUAUCAAUGCCCACAUCAUUUACAAUACAUUGUAGAGUUUUUAUGUAAUGUGAAUAAAACAUUACAAGUCUA